AUGUUUGUUUUCGAGAAUAUAUCUUUCAAAAUUAAAGCAGGUUAAAAGGUCGUCUUUGUUGGACCAAGUGGUUCAGAUAAAUCUUCAAUAAUAUAGCUCUAAUUGAGGUUCUACACAAACUAUGAAGGCGAUAUAUUUGUAGAUGGUAAAAAUCUAACUGAAUAUUAUUAUUUGAAUAACUAUCUCUAGAAUUUCGGUGUAGUGAGUUAAGAGCCAAUUCUUUUUAACUCAAAAAUAGAAGAAAACAUUUAGUUUAUUGAGUCAUAUUAAAAUGGAGAGAAACUUAAAGAAAAAGAAGAUAAGUAGUCAAACUAAAUUAUUAACAAAAUUGGAGAAGGGUUUAAGAGAAAAGUAGGUCCUAAGGGAAGUUAGCUUUCUGGUGGAUAGAAAUAAAAGCUAUAGCAAUAGCAAUAAUUAAAAAUCCUAAUAUAGUGCUUUAGACCUUUAGAAUGA